AAGCUCCAAAGCAGCAGCAUACUUGAAAUGGGGAACAACAAAAUUGAGGCCCAAGGGAAAAGUAUUAUUCAUAUAUAUAUAUAGCCUCGAAACCAAUUUUAAAGUUUUAAAAUAAAAAUCACAAAGCAGAGAUCUUUUUAGUUUCUCUCUCUUCCUUUUUUUCUCCCUCAAUGCCGCGUUUUAAUGGUGCUGAGUCCGACUGCACCUCCAUUUCUCUAUCUGCUUUCGUCUAAUCCUCCAUUCCUAAUGGACCAUCAGUGGAAACCACAACAACCCAUGUUCUCUCUUCUCUUCUUCUUCACCUUCUCUCUCCUCUCUCUCUCCAUUCUCAUCAUCUCUCUCUACAAAAAGCUUAAGAAACCAGACCAACAAAGCUCGAGUUCAGCCAUCGAAUGUUCUCUCCCGAAAAUUACAGAUAAAACACAUGAAUUGAAACUGACCCAAUUGACCCAUUCGCUUCUUCUCGAGAUCUCGCCCUCCAAAUGGGCGACUCUGUUGAGCGGCGAGGCACGGGAUGACCAGGUUCCAAACGGGUCGGGUUUGGAUGUGGAAAGGGUUGAUUCGUGUGGAGAAGAUUGUGGGAAGAAGAAGAAGAAGAAGAGGGUGAAGAAGAAGAGGGCAAAUUCGAAAGCCGAAGAGGGGUGUGAAGAGGGGUUUGUUGAGAAGGAGGGGUUGGAGGUGAAGGAGAAGCAAGAAUUGGUGUGUUUGUAUCCGUUUACGUCGUCUUCCAGCGCGACGCAGAGGAAGAUCAAGCAACAGUAUGAUCAGCUUGUGAAGUCCCAUGAGUCUAAUGGCUUGACACUAGCUCAGGUUGGACAGUUCGUUAAUUGCUUGAUUGAUGCAAGAAAUGAUCUACAGCACAAGUCUGAGGUCAUCCAACGUAAGUUCACAAUAACAAAGGCUCUACUAUUUAAAGCAGACAGGUCUUCAUUUGACCGUCUUCGUCAACAGAUGCAGAUAUACAAGCUAGAAUUAGAACAAAAGAGAUUAGAAGAAGAUGCAUUUGUAUAUAACUGGCUCCAACAACAGCUUAAGCUCUCACCAGCAUACAAGAAGAUGCUUGAAAUUGGUGCUUGCGAGGAGUUGAAAGCCAAAUCUGGCGAGAUGAUGGAAGAAGACACAGAUACCGAGUUUGCAGAAAUUUCAUUUGAAGAGUUACUAGCACAGGAGAAGAAGGAUUCUUUUUGGCAAAGAAAUGGGAAACCUAGAUCAUGCUCGGGCUGACAACAGUGUCUUUCUUGCUAACUGAACUCGUCGGCAUCACAAGUAGCAGUGUGUACAUCUAACACAAGCGAUCAUGCACCGUUGCAGGAAUUUUAUGGCUACCUGUGCUUAUAUGGUUUGCUUUUGGAUGGAGCGAUGGCGGUGACUUCUUGUUUCCUUUUAGUUCUUGCCAGUGGAAGCAAAUCAAUCCCCACAUAUGUAAACAUGAAUAGUGUAUACCACGUUCUGCUAUAUUUUUUCCCCUUCUGCUUAUAAUAUGAGCAUUUCUUCAUUCAAA